AAUGUAAUAGCAUAAAAAAUAUGUGCGUUAGCAUACGUAAGAUAAUCAUGAACGAUGCAUAACCGUUUUUAGGGAUUUGAAUUAAUACGUUUACAAAAGUACCUGGGUAAUUUAUCAUUUCCUAAAGAUUUUGUGUUCUGUAUGCUUGUUUGAAUUAAGAAAUCUGAAUCAUUUAUUCGGCCAUAAGAAUGAGCAAGACGCUGAAGCUUUACGCAUAUACGUGCGCACCUUUAAUCUUCUUGUUCACUUUUUUAUAUAUUUACUUGAAUUUUGGUAAUAACCAAAGAUUAAUAAGUUCUUUAUGGGAGCUUAAAGGUUCAAAUUGGAAGAUCUCCAAUGAAAGCUCGUCAGGAACAUUGGCAAACUUGAUUCCUAAAUACGAAAAUGAACAGGUAAUUCGUUUAUACCAUGACGGCUUAGAUGAAAUGAAAGAGGUUCAAUCGUACGCCGAAAGCAGCAAAAUUGACAUCUGGGAGACAAAUCCCCGUUAUACAGAUGUUCGACUCCAUCGAGAAGUCGUGAAGGAAAUAAUUUUGAGAGUUCCUAAUUAUAGAGUUUUGAUAUCAAAUGUAUCUAUGGCUCUUACUAAUAGUCUCCCAAAGGAACAAGGAAUUAAGAACCUGCCUCCUUUAGAUUUCAAUACUCUCUCAGCUAUGAGCCAAGAAUCAAUAUCACAAUUAUACCUACAAUACACAGAGGAAUUUUAUAGAAAUUACCAAAAUAUUGAAGCUAUCAAUUCCUACCUUCGUCUACUAGCGUCCAUGUAUAGUGACUUAUGUGAACUGACUUCAUUAGGGACUACCGCUGAAGGGCGAUCUAUACUUGGUUUAAGAAUUCAUGGUCGAAAGUCAGAUGGGAAUGAAUUUUUUAAUGAAAAUAGGAACGAGGUUAUUAUUCUGCAGGGUAAUGCUCAUGCCCGUGAAUGGAUAUCUAUUCCAACAUUAUGUUACUCUGCGUGGAAAUUGUUAGCCCAGUACGAUUCAGAUAAUCGUGUGAGAAAAUUACUUGAUAAGUUUGAAUGGAUCAUCAUACCCGUGCUGAAUGUUGAUGGUUACGCUUAUACCUGGACAGAAGAUCGUUUUUGGAUGAAAAACAGACAAAAAAUAAGCAAUUCUAACUGCAAAGGAAUUAACAUAGAUUAUGAUUGGGGAUUUGGUUUCAGCGGAGAAGAAAAUCCUUGCAGUGAGUUGUUUGGCGGUUCUGCACCUUUUGAAGCUAAUGAAACAUUGGCCAUGUUUAACUUAAUAUCAAGCACAUUACCAAAGGAAAAUAAAACCACCUUUGGGUUUUUAGAUGUGCAUUCUUAUUCUCAAUCGAUUUUAUGGCCUUAUGCAUAUAGCUGUGAUUUACUCCCUGCAGAUGAUGAAAACUUUCAAGAGCUGGCAAUGGGUUUAGCGAAAGAACUUCAUCGGGUAAACGGUAGAUUCUAUUCUCAUCAGCAAGCCUGUGUACCUUUUGAUGGUAUUCAUAAGCAUUAUCAUCCUGGUGCUGCAAUUGAUUUUGCUUAUUUUGUUGCUGAAGUUCACUGGCCAUUUACGAUACGCCUUCGCGAUAUGGGUGAUUAUGGAUACUUGCUACCUGCCCAUGAGAUUGUACCUACGUCUCGAGAAUUUUAUGCCAUGCUUCUUUAUUAUGGUCAGUUCAUUGCAGAAGCUGCAUACUGAGAAGACGUGAUUUGACGCUAUCAAUUUUGGUUUUUAUAAUAUUGAGGAAUAAUGGAAUUUUCAAAUGUGUUCAUCUAAUUUCAAAGGUUAUUUAUUUUGUGCGCUUCCUAUCAUAAACUUGGUAUCCAAAGCAGGUAUUGGUGUGUAUUUGAUGCUAUUCUCAGCAAGAUUUUUUGACAAUAUGAAAAAUUAUAUUUUAGUGAAAAGUUCUUAAAGAGUUACUUUAUCCAUGAGAAAUCUCAGCGUCCUAUUUGUUCCUUAAAAAGGUAACUACAUAUAUAGAGAUAUUGGAAUGAAGUUGACUAGAGCCAAUUUUUAAAACAGUCAACCAACAGUUUUGGUAAAGCUACUCGCAUUAUUUCUGAAUUACCAAUCAUAGGGAGCAACCCCCAUCAUUCCUACUUGCCCUCUCUCUUCAUAGUCCUUGGACAUUUAUACGAAUUUUUCACUAUAACUUACUUAAUAUCUAUUAAUUAAUACAGAAAAAAAAAAUCAUAACUACACGAGUAACUAUCUCAAUAUUUAGAAUAACAAGCAGUGUUUCAUACUAUUAUAUAAUACUAUAUGUUUAUAACAAUCUAUC